UGUAAAAAUAGUCAUCGGAGUGAAAUGGCUUUAUCAUCAUCAAGAAUGAGUGUAGUAAUAAUUGUGAUAUGCUUUACAUUUUCACUUAACAUGUGUGUGGGAACUGAUUAUGACUAUUUGGCAUUGGCUCAUCAAUGGCAACCAGGAUACUGCAGGAUGCCAGAUAUUAAAUUUACCUGUCAAAAGAAAGUAACAGACAACUUUAGUAUCCAUGGUUUGUGGCCUUCGAAGCACUCGGGUCCUCAGCCACGUGAUUGCACGACAGAUGGUCGAGGGGGAUACUUGGAUGUGAAUAAGAUGAUUGGUAGUUUAAUAUCAAAUCUCAAGAAAUCAUGGCCAAGCUCAAUUGGAAAAGAUGAAGACUUAUGGACAUAUCAAUGGAGGACGCAUGGAACAUGUUACUACGAUGGAAACAAGCAUAAGCAAUACAAAUACUUCCAGACAGCCGACAACUUUUAUAAGAAUUUUGAACUUUUUAAUAAACUCAAGGCAGAAGGGAUUGUCCCUGUUUCAGGAUUAGGCAAAAACUACACUACAGAGGCUGCAAUAAAAGCCAUCAGAAAGCAAUACACCCAAGACACUGUUACCUACAUUCCUCAAUUCAUGUGUUCUCCGUUCCUACCACAUGAAUUAUAUGAAGUUAUUUUGUGUUUGGAUCAUGAAGGAAAUCAUCUCAUCAACUGUACAAGGCCUUCAACUUGUGGCAACUUGUUUUUAUGGAAAUUAGAACCAUAAUAAUAUAUUGCUUCCAGAUAUAGAUAUACUAAAUAAAAUGGAAGCAACUAUGAGUGUCGUCAAAGUUUAUGAAACAGAUUCUUGUGUUUAUGAAUUUCAAUAUACUACUCCAUCCCCCUAUUAUGAAACAGAUUUGUGUUUAUGAAUGUCAAUGUACUACUCGAUCCCCCUAUUAUGAAACAGAUUUAUCUAUUAUCCUCUCA